GUAAUAUAAAGGCAUGUAGCAUCCUUGGGACUGAAUACCAUUUAUUUAGUCAUAAGCAAGGAAUCAACAUGAAGCUGCUGUAUAUGUUACUCCUUGUGGUUGGGUGCCAUGGCCAGUAUGUACCCCCAGAUCCAACCUUCACCCUCCUUAACCCUGGGGUCAGGAUGUCUAUUCCAGAUGAGUCUGGUAUAUCUAUGGUAGCCUAUCACUAUAACAUCAACAGACCUUUACCAGGAGUAGCUGCUGGAGACUAUAAUGUUGAUGUCAACGCUCCCGAUGCGAAUGGGGAAUGGGCACAUGAGAACAGGGAGGUGACAGUUAAUGUUGGUGAUACAAUAUUCUACUGGUAUCUAGUUAUCAAAAAUGGAGAGGGAGUCCAAAAAACUGAGCAAGCAUACACCUUUCCAGCACCCACAACAACGACCACGACAACUACUACAACAACUGUUGCACCUACCACUCCACCAUCGUUACUCUGUGAUGUACAUCCUGAUCUACGGGCUGAUUGUGGUACCCCUGGUGUCACUGCCCAACAGUGCUUGGAUGCUGGGUGUUGCUAUGACAACACAAUCGCCAACACAAAAUGGUGUUUCGAAGCAGAGCUUCCAACUGAACCCCCUACUACUACUACAACAACUACAACAACAACAGCGCCCCCUCCCACUGACCCACCGACACCAGGCCCCACCCUACCACCAGGAGAGACAAACCCCCCAGGCACUGAGGGGCCUGAAGUCACCCCAGACCCAGGAGUGGAGUGUGGAGAGUGUGUAGGAGGAAUAGGAAGUGGUAUCGGCGGAGGGUAUGGGGGCACCUACUUCCCCUGUGAGUCCUACCCCUGUUUGAUCUUUGAGGACAAUUUUGACAAUCUGGAUUUCAACAAGUGGGAGCAUGAGAUCACUGCUGGUGGUGGAGGGAAUUGGGAGUUCCAGUAUUACCUAAACAACAGAUCCAACAGUUAUGUAAGGGACGGCAACCUUUACCUCAAACCUACUCUGACGAGUGAUCGCUAUGGAGAGGCAUUUCUCACAAGUGGCAGUCUUGAUAUAUGGGGUACUCAUCCUGCUAGUCAGUGCACUGGUGAGGCAUUCUGGGGGUGCAGACGCCAGGGAUCAGGUAGCAACCCAAUUAACCCCUGUCAAUCUGCGAGAAUCAGAACUGUGCGUAGCUUCAUCUUGAAGUAUGGCAGGAUUGAGAUUGAAGCAAAGAUGCCGAAAGGAGACUGGAUCUGGCCAGCAAUCUGGCUGCUUCCUGCUAGAGAGGAGUAUGGAAUAUGGCCUGCAUCAGGGGAGGUUGAUAUGGUAGAGGCAAGAGGUAAUGAGAAUUUGAACCAUAAUGGUGAACAAAUAGGAGUGAAUCAAAUGGGAUCUACCAUGCAUUGGGGACCAUACUGGCCUGUCAAUGGAUAUGAAAAAACCCAUGCCAGGAGGAAUCUGCCAACUGGUGACUUCAACUCUGACUUCCACAAAUAUGCGAUUGAGUGGGAUGAGAAUGAAAUCAAAUUUUUCCUGGAUGAUGAAGAAAUACUACAUGUCGAUCCUGGACCAGAUGGAUUCUGGAAAUAUGGAGAAUUUGAUGAAAGGGUACCAGGAUCUGAGAGCCCCUGGAAGAAUGCUGCCAGUAAAAUGGCACCUUUUGACAAAGAGUUCUACUUGAUCAUGAAUGUGGCUGUGGGUGGGACCAAUGGGUUCUUCCCCGAUGAUGCCUCGCCAGCUAAACCAUGGAAUAACGAGUCUCCAACUGCAUUCUUAGAUUUCUGGAAUGCCAGAGGUCAGUGGUAUCCUACAUGGAAGCCUGAUGAGAACAAUGGGGAGAGUGCAGCUAUGGUGGUGAACUAUGUGAGAGCAUGGAAGAUGAAACCAUCAGAAAAUGCAAUGGAUUAAACAGUGGAAUCAUACAUAUUUAUCUAAGACACUUUGAUAUAGUGACUGUGUUCUUAAAAGUUUCAAAUCCUAUUUUUGGUCUCCCAUUAAUGUUCAACAAAGUGGAGUUGGGAGUUUGUAUGGAAUAGCAGGACAAGUUGCAAGAUAGAGAACUUAGUAAUAUUUGGAUUAUAAUAUGGACAUUAUAACACAAAUGUCAUCUCACGUCAGAAAAUAAUCAAAGAUUUCACUAUAGUUUUUGCACUUUAUAUAUUUUUACAAUCUUAUAUCUAUUUUAACAGUCGAAUGUACAAUCCUUCUUUUUUAUUGCAAUACAAUGUACAGUAGCUCUAUUUACAAGAUUCAAAGGUUUUUUACUAAUAUCCUGGAUACAUUUUCUGGAUUCCAAUUUCUUAAUUACUGACAUCAAAUUUGUCCAUAAGUACUUCCUAGAAAUUCCUUAUAACAUAAAAAUAAUUUCUUGUUAGGUCUAACUCAGAUUUCUUCUCAUAUGAAACUUAAAUGAGUAGAUGAAAGUUUAUUGAAAAUAAUAUGACAUUGUAUACAAAUGUAAUAUGAAUAUUUUAUAUUCAGUAUUAUAAAAUAGAGCCUAUUUGUCAACAAAUAUAGACAUUUUAUGUUCAUUUUGAAUAUAUACAAAUAAAUGUACACUUUAAUAUGAUAGUAAAUACCACCUCUCAAUUAUAAAUGACUUAGGUAUAAUAUAUGCCUAUUACAUGUAUUACAACAAACUUAUUUAUACAGGGUGGCCCAAAAGAAAUGCCACCCACUAAUUUUGGAAUAACUCUUUCAAUAAUUAAGGAAUCUUCAUGAUUUUUUAUGUGAAGAUAGAGUGUUCAAUGGAGAAAUGAUUGUU